AUGGGUCUUGGUAAUACUAUUGUGGAAAAAAAUGAAUCCUCAAACCAAGACCGUGCCAAAGCUAUGAUUUUUCUUCGUCAUCAUUUAGAUGAAGGAUUAAAAUCAGAAUAUCUUACUGUUAAAGAUCCUCUUGUCCUUUGGCGAGAUUUGAAAGAAAGAUUCGACCACCUGAAGUUGGUCGUUCUUCCAAAAGCCCGAUAUGAUUGGCUUCACUUACGGCUGCAAGAUUUUAAAUCUGUCAACGAAUAUAAUUCAGCCAUGUUCAGAAUCACUUCUCAAUUAUCAUUAUGUGGCGAAAAAGUCACUGAUGAAGAUAUGUUAGAAAAAACAUUUUCUACUUUUCAUGUCUCUAACAUGCUCCUGCAGCAGCAAUAUCGAGAGAAGGGGUUUAAAAAAUAUUCUGAACUUAUUGCAUGUCUUCUCUUGGCUGAACAAAACAAUGAAUUGUUGCUGAAAAAUGAGUCCCGACCAACUGGUGCAAGUCCAUUCCCUGAAGCGAAUGCGACCCAAUUUCAAAAUUCUGGUCGAGGUCGUGGACGUGGCCGUAGAGGUGGCCGUGGAGGAGGCCGCGGACGUGGCCGUGGCCGUGGACGUGAUCGUAGUAAAUGUGUGCCCCGUGAAAAUUUUAACCGGGGCAAGCAACAAAAUGUUUCCAAAAGAGGGAAAAUAACUACGAUCAGAAAAAUGGAGAAAAGAAAGUUUAUGAAGAAAAAUGCUACCGGUGUGAAUGACUAUGAUGAUGGUGAUGAUGCUGACAUGACACACCUCGAUGUUGCUGAUUUUUUUGAACAUCCUGAAGAUGUCAACAAAUAUCCCAUGAUUAUUUAG